AUGAAUCAAUACUUGGAGGAAGUGUCUCAGGUGCCAUAUUUCGAGUUGAGGCACCUUUUUUGUCCUGCUGAGGCAUCUACCACGCCAACCUCCGUCACCAGGUUACUGAACGGCAUCGCCAUCUCCGGUUGCGGUGAGUUCCCAGGACUUGUCGCCAUCCAAACUGCUGCAGGAACUGUAUGUACUGGAGUCAUCACAGGCCCCACUACCCUGUCUGUACCAAGCAACUGUGCUGUUUUCGUAGCCAACGCAGAUGUUGUGGCUCAGGAUGGAACCGUUGUCGCAACAGGCAUCACAGCAACCCCCGGCAGUAUUGGUGGUCCAGUAGAAGUGACCUUACCAACAGCUGUAGCAUCUGAUAGCUGCCCCGGCAUCGCCUGCGUCUACUCAAGCACCAUGGCCAACGACAUCCUCCUUAAUACCUGCAAGGUUGCUGCAGCCGGAUAUGCUGAUAAUGCCGGAACUACAACUCCUAACUUCGAGUAUCUGGAUAUCCCGUCUCUCCAGCCAACCGACACCUGCCAAGCCAAUCUUGAGGGCACCACCACAGCCUCUUUCUUUGAUUUCACGAACUCUGCCAUCACCUACAACUGCUUCUUCAGUGCUGGUGGUUCCACAUGCGCCGGCGACUUCGGUGGACCAAUUCAGUGUGACCUGACUUCCGGAGAACAAGUGGUGAUUGGGCAGGUAGAGAAUGGCGACUGUACAGCUGGCUCUGCUGUAGGGUUCUACAACCUCGAGACAGCGAGUGUUCGUGUGCUGGCCGUAGGCAUUGACCAAGUCCAGCUGGGAUGACCAUAUCGUAUCAACUGGUCUCUUGUUCCUUGACGAAUAAACGCUUGAACAUU